GGUUACAUCAGGCUGUGUUUUAAGACCAGAGCAGAUGCUUUUCACUAAAGUAGACUGAUACCCGUUAUUUCCUUCAUAUUGACAACUUGUAAUGAUUUUUUUAUUUUAUUUUAUUUUAUUAUUUUGGACAAUUUUCUGCAUCAGCAACCAGAACAGAAAGCCUGAUCUGCAUGUUGGGUUUGAAUUUACAUCCUAAUGCAUGUCUUAGUCAUUAAAGCCAUUACUUCUAGUUUGAUCAUGACUGUAUUUCAUGUGCAUGCCUCCUGCUGUGCCAGUCAGGCUGCCGGAAGGGAAGAGAAGUAGACAGGACACACAUUGGGUUUCUGCAGGGACCAACAAGGACCUCAUCCAGCAGCAGCAGCACCAGCAACAGCAGCAGCACACACCCCUCAGCCAGUGAUGCAUCCCCGCGGCAAGGACACUGACAACUCCUCAGAGUCGUCUUGACUUUAGGAUGAUGCAGAAAUCCCUCAACGGCGGGGUUUACCCAGCUGAAGCCGGAGAGAAAAAGCACAAAGUCGGCUUCGUCGGCUUGGACCCCGGCGCUCCGGAAUCCACCAGAGACGGGGCGCUGCUCAUUGCGGGCUCGGACAGCACCAAGCGGGGUGGCAUCCUCAGCAGACCCAGGUCCAGUAUCUCCUGCGGGAGACCCAGACCGUCGAAGAAAAAUGCCAGCUACCGGAAACUACAGAGUUUCCUCUACAACGCGCUGGAGAGACCGCGGGGAUGGGCGUUCGUCUACCACGCUUACGUCUUCUUCUUGGUCUUCUCCUGCCUUAUCCUGUCAGUGUUUGCCACCAUCAGAGAAUAUAAAGACAACUCAGAAAACGCUUUGUACAUCUUGGAGAUUGUGACCAUUGUGGUUUUUGGAGUUGAGUACAUUGUGCGGAUAUGGGCCGCUGGAUGUUGCUGUCGCUACAGAGGAUGGAGGGGGAGGUUCAAAUUUGCCAGAAAGCCUUUCUGUGUCAUAGACAUAAUGGUGCUGAUUGCCUCCGUGUCGGUGCUGGCAGCCGGAUCUCAGGGGAAUGUCUUUGCCACCUCGGCCAUCAGGAGUUUGAGAUUCCUGCAGAUCCUGCGUAUGCUUCGGAUGGACCGCCGUGGAGGCACCUGGAAGCUCCUCGGAUCUGUUGUUUAUGCCCACAGUAAGGAGCUCAUCACAGCCUGGUAUAUUGGUUUCCUGUGCCUCAUCCUGGCUUCCUUCUUGGUCUAUUCUGUGGAAAAAGAGUCCAAUGAGGAGUUUGAGACGUAUGCUGAUGCUCUGUGGUGGGGACUGGUCACACUCACCACCAUCGGUUACGGUGAUAAAGUUCCCAAAACGUGGAAUGGACGCUUGCUGGGAGCUGCAUUCAGCAUGAUAGGCGUGGCUUUCUUUGCCCUUCCUGCUGGGAUCCUGGGCUCUGGCUUCGCCCUCAAAGUUCAGGAGCAGCACAGGCAGAAACACUUUGAGAAGCGACGUAACCCUGCAGCGGGCCUCAUCCAAGCUACCUGGAGGUUUUAUGCCACUAACCUCUCCCGUACAGAUCUGCUGUGCACUUGGGAUUUUUACGAGCAGACUGUCGCUGUUCCCAUGUACAGAAUCAUCCCACCGCUAAAUCAACUGGACCUGCUGAGGAAUCUGAAGGGAAAGUCAUUCAGGAAAGAUUCUCAGGCAGAAACCUCACCCAGGUCUGUGAAAUGAUUUCUUUUUAUUCUCAUCUUUCACCUUCCUUUGGCUUCACUUCAACUUGGCUCUUAGAUGCUGCUGAG